UUUCCCUGCAAAAUACAAAACCCAUAACGAAAUCUCACAAAUUAACAACCUUUGUUGCCUUGCCAAAAAAAAAAAAAACAACCUUUGUUACUUUGAGAGAGAGAGAAGAGAAAAAAUGGGAAUCAGAAUUGGAGGUCAGAUAGAGAAGGUGAAUGGGAAAGAAUUGAAUUACAGUGAGUUUGUGGAGAGGUAUAUGGAAAAGAACCAGCCAGUGGUGCUGACAGGUCUCAUGGAUGAUUGGAAGGCUUGUAAAGAUUGGGUCUUUGAUAAUGGAAAACCCAAUCUCCAUUUCUUCUCUACCCAUUUUGGCAAUUCCACAGUUCAGGUUGCCGAUUGUGGUACCAGAGAAUUCACAGAUCAGAAAAGAGUGGAGAUGUCUGUUUCAGAGUUUGAUGACCACUGGCUGGAGAAUUCUGUGCAGGAGCAUUGUAGUGCUUCAACAGAUCACAGUAAUGGCCAUCCUGUGCUAUAUUUGAAGGAUUGGCAUUUUGUGAAGGAGUACCCAGAAUAUUUAGCAUACACAACUCCACUGUUUUUCUGUGAUGAUUGGCUCAACCUGUAUCUCGACAAUUAUUGUAUGCAUAAGGAUCCAGACACUUUUCAAGAGAAUAAUGAAAUAAGUUGCUCUGACUAUCGUUUUGUUUACAUGGGAGCAAAAGGAUCUUGGACUCCUCUUCAUGCUGAUGUUUUCAGGUCAUAUAGUUGGUCAGCAAAUGUGUGUGGGAAGAAACGAUGGCUCUUUCUGUCUCCUUCUCAACAUAAUCUUGUGUUUGACAGGAACAUGAAAAGCUCUGUGUAUAAUAUCUUUGAUGAUGUGAGUGAAAAAGUAUUUCCUGGUUUUACCGAGGCAAUCUGGUUGGACUGCACUCAAGAACAAAAUGAAAUUAUCUUUGUACCUAGUGGAUGGUAUCAUCAAGUUCAUAAUCUGGAAGAUACAAUAUCAAUAAACCACAACUGGUUCAAUGGCUAUAAUCUUUCUUGGGUGUGGAAUUUACUUUUGAGAGACUACAAUGAGGCUAAGGAAUACAUAGAAGACAUCAGGGAUAUAUGUGAUGAUUUUGAAGGUCUCUGCCAGCGCAAUCUUGCAGCUAACACAGGCAUGAACUUCUAUGAUUUCUUUAUUUUCAUAACACACUUCUGCUUGGCAAACUUGGUCCAACUUUGCCAUUUACUAAGAGACUGCAAAAACCCCACUUGGAGUUCAUCCACAGUAGCUUGGCAUUUAGCUUUGAACCUUCGAUCUCUCCGGAACAUUGCAGUCAAGAUCAACUCUAUUGGUGGUGUGGCAGGAAGUCAUGGCUUCUUGGAUAUAAGGGAAACUUUAGAUGAUCCCACAUUUCUUAAUCUCUGUGUGGGCUUGGAAAGAACAUUUGGGAUGAUACACAAGAAACAGAGUUUCUGUUUUGAUACAAAGAAAGACUUGGUAGAUGAUUUAACAAGCUUGGAUAUUAUAAGAACUUAUGGUUCCCAAAUAUGUACUGCCAAAGAUCUGGUUAGAUUUAUUGACAAUGCUAUUGCAAUAGUCAGUGGCAUUAACAGUGAAAUUGUUUAGCCUUCUGAAUUAGAUGGUGCUUAGAUGUUCAAUAAGAAUUGAUUUUGGCUGCGCUGUUUCCACUUUCCCUGCUUUACUGUUCUAAGAAAUUUAUGAGUUGCUA